AUGAUUGAUAAGAAUUAUCACAUUAAAUUAAACUUUUCCCAAGCGACGCUGAAUGAAUUAAGAGUUCCAUAUUUCCAUGUAGAUAAUGGAUGCUAAUUUAAUCAAUCAGAUCAAUCAGAGAUACAAGUGAUGAAAGGCAUUUGUCCCAUCUGUAAAGCUUAAAAAAAAGAAAAUUAAAGUUAUGAUCACAUACAACAAGAUGACAAUCUAUUAAAUUAAAUUGAAUAAAAAAAUGAGAGAUAAAUAGUUUAUAAGGUUGAUCAAAAGGCUCUUUAUUUUAUGAAAAGGAGGAAUUAUACAUAAGACACUAUAAGUUCAAUAACUGAAGUGCAUUAAUUACAAAAAGACUUUUAUUAAAAUAUGAGAGAAAAAAAACCCAUUACUUUAGAGCGUAUUUAAGAACUUGCUUUAUAAAGAAAUCAAAAAUACAUAAAUUGCCUUUAAAAUUUCUCAGAAUCACAACAAAUACCAAUUUUAAUGGCAGUGUUAAACAAUAAAUUAGUAUUAUUUUAUCAUUUGUACAAACUAAAAGUGGAAUUAAAUUUGUUGGAUGUAACAUUUCCUAAAAUAAGAUCAAAAAUUUAAUAUAGUACUCAUGGAGUUUUACAAUAGAUUAUUUUUUUCGAGAGAGAAAUAUAUUUCCUUUUUUUAAAGCAGAAUGCAUCAUUACUCUUCAAAGGAGAAUUUUAAUAAAUUUUUACUUAAUAAACUAAUUAGGAAACUUUAUUCCAAAUAAAAUCACAUUCUAACAUCAAAAUAGAUGGCCCAGCUAGAUUAAUCGAAAUCGAACAUGAUAUUAAAGGUUAGGGUAAAAUGAACGAUCUUAUCAUGCUUGGAAAUAGAGUCUAUUUUUCAAUUAAAUAAAACUGUACUUAGGAGCAUUAUUUUGAUCGAUUAUAUUCUAAUACAUUAUUUCAUUAUUUUGUUGAUAAUAGAUAAGUUCUUAUGGUGAAUUAGGAGGAGAUUAGAGAUACCAAUAAAAGCAAUAUAUUAUACUUUUGUUACGAUCUUUCUAAACCAAGAUUCAUUUAAGACCCCAAAAACAGCACAGAAGUAUUGCCAUCGUAUUAGAAAUAUGAUAAUUAUUUGACUUUCGGGGAUUAAAUGGUAUUAUUCAAUACAUAAGAAUUAAAAUAUGAAAAAUGUAAUACUUUAUCCCUUACCAGUUGGUUACCCAACACUGUAAGAGCCAAUCCUCUCUCCAUGAAUGUCAAUGUAUUAAAUCAUCAGAGUUACAUGUAAACCCUCAAAAUUACUUCCACACAAAAAUCUAUGAACAGUAUCACUUGCAAAUUGAUUGGAUUAAGAUUGGCAAAGAAGGAUUUGUAAUAACAAGAUGAAUCAGAUGUCUUUCCAGCAUUAUUAGUGUAUAAUGGCUAGACAUCAUCAUUUGAAGUUGAGCUUAUUUGA